AUGGUUCACGUUAAUGAUAUGAAAUGCGCACUUUGUCAUCUUUCCAAGGAGACGAAGAUAACCGGAGCCUUGUCCACUAAGGAGAAUGUUACAGCUCACCAGAACUGUUUGGUAAGAGUAAAAUAGUUCUUUGAAAAUGUAUUUUAGCUAACUGUUUGAAGCAUUUUAGGGGAAAUACGUUUCUGUAACAGCAGUUCAGUGAGCAUGGAACAAGUACGCGAAUAUUUACCUUAGUACUGACGGUGACUUUGAGGCACACACACGUCAUGGGCGCUUAACCAAUAAAUGCAUAAAAUGUAAUCUGAAUAGCGAGGUCAUUCUAUAGUAAAUAUCGCGAAAUUUGCGGCUUGCUUGCUACCUACUAUAAAAUGCAACAAUCAUUUAAUGUGUAGCAUAAUAUUUCCACAAUGAAAGACUUUUAUUUUGUUUUAUAAAUUGUAUUAUUUUUGUUUGCUUGAAAAAGUACUCUUGCAUCCUCUUUACUUUUAAUCAACAAAGGUAUCUUUCCAACAGCGUCAAACAUUUUGGGAGAAAGCCUGAAAAAUGCAAUUAUACUUUUAAAUAAAAACACUUACAGCAGUUAGAGCUCAUUUAGGACACUUAAUUAUAAUGAAAUGAUAAAUCGAUAUUAGAAAAUGUUGUGGCAAAUUUAACAUAUAUCAAGUAAAACAAUGCACAGGAGACAGGAUGAGAUCUGAAGAGCAGCCUGGGUGUCUAUAUUGUACAAUCAGUUCAGAUGACAAACAGAGUCUUGACCAGACCAAAGGAGAGAAGCUCUGAGCUUUCCUCUCACUCACUUUUAUACUGCUGAGUGUGUGUCUUAAUACAGUACCGUAUUUUCCGGACUAUAAGUCGCGGUUUUUUUCAUAGUUUGGCCGGGGGUGCGCCUUAUACUCUGGAGCGACUUAUGUGUGAAAUUAUCAACACAUUAUUACCGGUAUAUCAUUUCACAUGUUAUUUUCGCACUAAACCGCAAGAGGGCGCUCUAGGCCUGUGUUGAUAAUUUCGACAUUGGUGGUAACUUUUAAAAACAACUGAGAAGGGCUUAACAAAAAUGGCACCGAAAAGAAAAUCAUAUUCUGCAGAUUACAAGCUGCAAGUAGUAAAAUACGCAGCCGAAAACGGUAAUCGAGCAGCAGAAAGAAAGUUUGGAGUUAACGAGAAACUUGUAAGGGACUGGCGAAAAGCGGAGGUUGCUCUUACUGAAAUGAAGACAACAAAAAAAGCCAAUCGCGGGCUAAAAGCUAGGUGGCCACAGCUAGAGGAACGAGUUCGUACAUGGGUGCUUGAACAACGUGCUGCCGGGAGAGGCUUGUCAACAGUGCAGUUGCGACUCCAAGCCCAAGUAUUUGCCAAGGAGAUGAAUAUAAAUGACUUUGCAGGAGGACCUUCUUGGUGUUAUCGCUUCAUGCAACGCAAUCGCCUCUCUAUCAGAGCAAGGACAACGAUGUCUCAAAAACUGCCAGCAGACUUCCAAGUCAAGGCCGACAGUUUCCGUGAGUUCAUUGAGAAGCAUGUAAGUGAGCACAACGUGACACCGGAUCAUAUUAUUAACAUGGGCCAGAGCAGUGCAGAGUGCUUCUUUAUUAUGCAUUUUAUGGCUGGUGCGAUUUAUACUCCGGAGUGAUUUAUAGUCCGGAAAAUACGGUAAUUGUGUGUUACUUGUGUACCACAAAAGUGCAUCCCUCAUAUGUGUAUUGCAUAGUUUUACAACUCUGUAACUCUAAUGUGUGUGAGUGCACGCUUUUCCCAUCAUCUGUUCAAUCACCGGGGGUCAUCCAAGUCCAGGUCACAGCGUUCUGGAAUUCACCAGUUGUUUGGAUUACUCUUGGACUUCCUGUAAACUAUCUCUAAGUGUUUUGGCAACCCCAAAUGUUUUGGUCCCUGUAAAGCCUAACCCAACAUGUUUAUGAAUCCUUAACAAAUGAUAAUCAGAAAUGUAUUCCUCAGAUAAACCUAUAGAUUCCCCUACAAAAACUGAAGGCAAUAAACCAUCUGAAAGUUUUCUCAUGAUUAGGCAAAAUAUUGCAGAAAUUUGAAGGAUCAGUCUUAGAAACUUAAAGCUCCUGUGAGGAGAUUCUUGAUGUUUAUGAAAGGGACUGAAAGUCGUUGCCUUUUUAUGAUACACAGAAGCAAACAAGACCAUCAGUGAGAAGACUGACCAUCUUUAUAUAGUGAUUUUUAAUGCCUCUAAAUAGUGCAAGAGUGUCACCUUAGCAGCUAAAUAAAUAUUCACAAUAAAUGAAUAAUUUGUGAAGAUGGCUUUGUCCUGAAGACAUGACAAAAUGACCAGAAACUGAGAGUUCCCCACAGGUGCUUUAAAUAUACAUAUAUUUGUCUUGGAAUUAAUGGUUGCACACCAUGCGAGGGACAUGCAAUAUGUUAUAUUUUUUAUUUUUUUGUUGCUUUUGACAGCUAAUGAUAUAACAUGAAGCUAGUUGUAACUUAACUAACAAAUAAGUUGGGAUGUUGUGUAAAAUUUUGUAAAAAAAAAAAAAAAAAAAAAGGUUUUAUUGGUUUGCAUUUAAUUUCUGAAAGAAGAGGCAAAACAAAAAAAACUGAAGCUGUAAAAAAAUUUUUUUUUUAAUUUAAGAAAAAAAAGACUACAUGCUCAUUUCAACUUGGGUAAUAUAAUUUUUUUUCUGUUUUUACAGCUCUAUUCCUCUGGGAUUUACUGCCAGGAUUCUCCACGGGAUGAUGAUCUGUUUGGUUUCUCCGUGAAUGAUGUGAAGGAGGAGGUGAAACGGGGGAGAAAACUGGUAAAACAAACAAAAAAAAAAGAUUUAUUAAUACAAAAUAUUGUGUAUUCUAAAUAGAAAUUCAUGGUAUCUAUUGCGUGCUUUAUCCAUUUGGUAUAAUUUGCAGAAAUGUUCUGAAUGCAAGAGGAGUGGCGCAACUGCUGGUUGUGAAAACUCGCGCUGUAAGAAGUCCUACCACUACCCGUGUGCUGUCAAGGAUGGAGCUGAAAUUUUUGAGGAGACAGAUGCGGGGAAAUACGGGUCAGUCCAACACAAGUGUAAAUGUUUUAAAUCUGGGACUGAGUGCACUAUAAACGAAGUGCUCGUAUCUCUUUGCUCAGACUGACUCAAUGUGCACUGUGCAUGACUGAGAGCUGUACAACUGACUAGUAGCUACUGACACUGACGGCUCGAAACUUGUUCUCACUUGCAUCAAACCUGAGAGCACUGGCACUUGCAGGGUGGAGGACAAUGUGCUGUUUCUUUCCAACACAUGCUGAUGUGGCCCAAACGGUGAACUUGGUCUGAAAUGAAGGGUCCAAACAACUUCAUUUUCUUGUCUGUUUCAGGCUGUACUGCCCCAACCACCGUGAAUCGAAUGGUAAGCAGAAAUCUUUGAAUUGUUCUCUGUCAUCCAUUUUUGAUUGAAGGCACUACGAUGAGUUGUUUUCUUUUUCACUACCAGGAAAAAACGGCUCUGUGAACAGACGAGCAUCUUCCCACGCAAGUACCAGUGAGGCCCCGCCUUCUGAGGUUUGUCCGGUGAAACAACAUAAAUCUUAGUGACAUAGCACAAGACCACAAACUUAAAAAGGAUCAGUGCUGUCUCUGGUUAAGAUUGUCUGAGGAAUAAAUCUAAGGAUAGUCUUACGUCAGUGUCCAGAGAGGAGUUUGCACUUCCUUGCAGUAUACCAAAGUCCAAAGUUUCGCUGCAGUUUUCACAAUUUCCACUCGAGCGCAGAGAAAGAGUGCAGCGGUUAAGAACUGUUUUCAGUGUUCAUUAAGUAUGCCAGCUUGGUUUGACUCGACAGAAACAGUUAAUUUUCCUGCUGCACUCUCACACUUUACUCAGCAAGUAACCAAACCCUUGUUUUAUUUCCACAAGGUUUACUGCCUCACUUGUGAGAAGAAAGAGGGAAAAAUCAGCUUGGAAAGUUUGUCUGAUAAUGCUCAAAUGUAAGUUUCUUUAUACUUUAGUAAAUUCUGAUUUAGAAAUCUCUAAUCCACUUGUAAAGGUGACUUCAGGUAAAGAUUGAACUAAGUGUGUGUUUCUAGGUCAUACUGUGACAAACAUGCUCCUUCAUCACUUAAGAGGAACACCAAUGGUGAGUCCUGCUCACAGCGUGUGCGUCUCUUUUCUCUUUUCUUUCAUAAAAUCACAAAUUUAAAGUCGUUUUUCUUCUCAGGACUUAAUCCAUCGGCCAAGUCGCACGUGCAAAACAGUGACUCCAACCCAUCCAGUAGCACAAACCAUACACCCUCCAAGGUAUGAAUGUAAUCUCAUAGUAAAGCUUUUUAGAUUUCAUGUCUUCAUCAGACUUAUCCAUGUUUUUAAUCUUUUUGCUUGAAACAGAGAUGGAGGAUUUCCGACGAUGAGUAAGUGUUAAAAAACCUGCAUGUUGUUCUUUGAACAAAUUUGUAGCGACCUAAAAUUGUCAUUAUUCUUCAUCCUGAUCUUUCCUCUUGGUCUCAGUGAGGAUUUAACCCCGUCUAAACGUAAAUCAAAAAGGAGGAUAUCAGAUUCUUCAAAUUCAGGUUCAUUCAUUUAUAUAACAGAAAAAAAUCAUCUCUGUUUGUUGGAUUAUUUGAACGAAUUCCUUAAAAUCCAGGGUUGUUUUAUGUCGCUUUUUCUCCAGAUGAGGAAGCUCCUAAUUCCAUGUUCGCCCCUUUGGACUCUGAUUUAUUGGAAGGAAGUGCAAACUGUUCUCCAGACACUGACGUAAGACUAUCAUUGGAUUUAUUCCUCAGACAGUCUUAACCACAGACAGAUACUGUUGUCAAAUCUGAUGAAUAUUUGUGCUCUUCCUCCUUGCACCUCAACUGUGCCUCAGCUGAUCAGGUAAACUCAAUCCUCUGAUCCAACAUCUGCAUGACAAACAUUUCUGCAACUCUCCUCUCUCCACCUGUGGCUGCCUGAUAGUCUGUAUGUAACACGUUAAAGAUACAGCAGUCCGCCAUUAUCUUUAGCGGGAAAACAACCUCCUGGUGCUCCAAAACAAAGCUCGUUAUUAAGCCAUUCCAGAGCUUGAUAACGAGCUGAUCAUUUGAAUCAGGUGUGUUGGUGCAGGGAAACAUCCAACACAUGCAGGACAGUGGACCUCGAGGACUGGACUUGAGAACCACUGGCUUAUGAUGAAGUGAAAGUGAGCCGGGACAAUUUCAGUCUCGAUUAUCAAAUUUUAUGAGAGUGGUGGCCAAAACCGUAACAAAGAUUAAAUCUGAUUAAUCCCCCACCUCUAUUUUGAAGAGCAACCCUAACCGUAAUCUUGUAUCCAUCAUUCAUUUAACAGGCUGAAGUUAUUUCCUCGCUCACACAGAUGUACAUUGUUAACUUCAUGUAAACCUCAAGGAGUAAUUUUUUGUUGUUGCUUCUCACAGAAAGGAAACCGUGAGAGACAGAGGCUCCAGCUCUGGUAAGCUCUAACACAUGUUGGUGACAGAAAUUAUAACAGGAGAUGUAGCGUCUCUAAAAUGGUUUAUGACCGUAAUUUGUGUCUGACAGGAAAUCAUCCCGACGAUCAGAGCCGAGCUGAAAAUAAAAAUGGCGAGGAGGAUGAAACACUCCUACACUCGGUGAGUGUAUGAUGUGAAUGUGAAUGUUUUCAUUUUCACAGUGUUUUAACUUCUAAUCUAAUAAUGAUACAAAUACCUGAGUGUGACUUACUUAUUAUGUAUGGCCUCACUAAAUAAAUGGAUAGUAGACUUUGUCUCCAACAGGCAGUGUUUAUGGUUUUUGUGAAUCUCUCUUCCCAGAAUGUUUCAUUUUAUUCUAAGUAUCAUCGCCUGAAGCUGAAAGUUUGAACUGAUCUCACCUGAACUGUGUUUGUGUCCUCUCAGGAUGCUGAGUCAGAGAGUCUGCUGUCUCCUCAGGAGAUCUGUGUGGAGAUUCACCCAACUCCAACCAUCACCUCUGUCGUCCUCGAUCAGGCUCAGCCAGCACCAGUACAGAUGGAAAAUGAGGACAACAAAGGUAAAGCAAAAGUUUCAGAUGAAGUUUCAAUUCACUAAUUCCAUGAAAUAGAAAAAUAAAGCCGGUUACGCUCUAGAUUUCAGAACAUGUCUGACGUUUAUUUAACAGCAUUAUUUCUAUUAGCAUAACAGAAUGUAAAUUACACACUAUGUUCAUAAUUCUGUCAGUUAGGAUGGGGGAAACCUGUUACCAUUAAGAGGGGCAUUAAUAUUGAUAUUUAUACUGCAGCGAGUCUGUAGGGGGAGCUCUAGAAUCCAUGGCUUUACAGUCCAUGAAUGACGAUGCUACAGUGAUGCCUCAGACAUAAUGUUAGUGUAUAUUUUGACUUUGAUCUUGACACUGAGAUCUUUUUUUCUGUCCCAUUUUAGGGUCCAGACCCAAACAGAAUCUUGCCCACAGUCCUGAGAGACCAACCGCUCAGCCCUCUGCCCAACCGCAGAGCUCACCUGCACUCCCUUUCUCUCUUGAUCGCCCCAAACCCCGCAGUGUUACUACCUCACCUCCAAGCAUGAACCUGACCACUCCCCCCGCUCCAACUGAAGCUGACUGCAUAUCCGUCCCCUCCUCCCCUUCCUCCGCUGGAUCUCUUCCUCGAAACCCGGACCCGAGUAUCGACUCCACCAGCUUCUGGAAAAGCUGCAACACAGCAGGAUGCACCCAAGCCAUAUUUACUGAUUUCAUGAAUGAGAUGAGCAGUAUCUCUGACAGAAUUCAGUCUGACAAGGCCAGCAGAGAAGGUGAGCGAGGGCGACAGAUUCUAAACAUCUUUGUAGCACCCAUAUCUCGGCAGUAAACGCAGCAUCAAGUUCUCUCUGUUCCUCUGCAGAUUAUGAUCGUGCACUUGCAGUACUGGAGGCUUCUGGGAAGCUGGCAGAGUUUGUGACCAAGCAGCAGAAAGGUUAGUACAACACUUCUAAUUUACAAUGCCCCAUCAGAGUAGAAGUAUGCUCAUCGUAGCGUGGACUGAUGAAAGUGGAGUGAAACAAUGAAACACAGAUCUGAGAUGCCAGUAACUGGGGGUGUGUGUGUCUGUGUGUGUGUGUGGGGUGAUUUUAGAGAUGUUAAAAUUAAAUCUUAGCUCCUAUAUAUAAAUGUUAUACUUCUAUUCUAUGAUACAUGACAAAGGAAAACUUGUUUUACAGAGUUGCAGAGAAAACAAGUGGAGCUGGAGAAGGCAGCCGCAGUGAUGUCAGACAUCGUCACCUCACUGAAGCAAUGA